UACAGCGCGAGACAAGUUAGCGCCGAUUUUUGUCAUGAAAGUGUUUUCCAAGUAAUUUUUCCAGUUAAAGUUAUACUUAUGCUUUUCUGGGUUCGAACUAUAAAGUUUUUAUGUCCGGGGAAAUGACAGACAAAGCGUUUUACGACCUAAUUUACUAGCACAGAGUAAUUCUAACUUACUUCAUCAGCCGGUGUGGAAAUAUCUGACUUUAGAAACUUCAUAAAUGAUGAUUUUUGGGGUAUUAUUAUGUGGAUUUGGAGUUCUUUUAACAGGUUUCAGAGUCCGUGCAGAGGAAACGCCGCCACGCAUUGUCCACCACCCGUCUGACGUGGUAGUAAAAGUCGGCAGUCCGGCCACUCUGUCGUGCCGAGCUGAUGGUAACCCACAGCCAACCAUUGAGUGGCUGCGGAACGGUCAGCCUCUGGAGACGGCGAAGACCUACGGACACCUGCAGCCCCUGGUUUUACUAGAGGGAAGCCUCUUUUUUCUGAGUGUCGGAGGAAAGAGAGGUCAAUCCGACGAAGGUGUUUACACCUGUGUGGCCACGAACAGUGAAGGCAAGGCCGUCAGUCGCAAUGCAUCACUGUACAUAGCAGCCUUGAAGGAGGAGUUCAGUUUGGAGCCCAGUGAUGUGGAGGUAGCGGAGGGAGAGGUGGCGGUCUUAAACUGUGAACCCCCAUCAGGACACCCUGAACCUAACAUCUUCUGGAAAAAGGACGGCCUGCCCAUCAACAGCGCUGACCACCACUACACUGAGCUGAGUGGGAAGCUUAUCAUUGCUCCUGCAGACAAGAACCACUCUGGUUCUUAUGUGUGCGUGGCCAGCAACACAGUGGGAAUGAGAGAAAGCAGGGCAGCUCGGCUCUCUGUGCUCGUUAAACCUGUGCUGGUGUUGAAGCCAGAAAAUGUGUCUGUGCGAAUGGGUGAGUCUGCCCAGUUCUACUGCCAAGCUAAAGGUGACCCUCCCCCUGUCGUGGUCUGGAGCAGAGAGCAGGGACCACUGCCCAACGGCCGGUAUCUUGUAAACCCAGAUCAGACUCUCCAGAUCCAUUAUGUGACAGCACAGGAUGCUGGGAAGUACACCUGCUCUGCUGUCAAUGAUGUAGGCGUCGUCACUGCCAGCGCACAGCUUCUAGUGGAGGGCUUUGUGUCUGUAGAGGCUGCCAGCAUCAAACAGAAAGACUUCCAUAAGGAGUUGUCAUCUCUGCGAGUGGCUCUUGAAAAUGUGAGCAUCGUGGCCCCAGGGUCCAACAUGUCCCAAGUCCAGUGGAAGCUACAGUCCCUUCCCGUCCAGCCUCAUUACCUGGAUGGGUUCGAGGUUCUUUAUCGCUCUCUGCUGCCUGCCAGCUCAGACUGGGCGGCGAAGAAGGUGACCCUGCCGAGCUUCCAGACUCAGGUUGGCCCCUUAAAACGAGGCUUCAAGUACGAGUUCAAAGUCCGUCCUUAUGGUAGCAACUUGUACGGGAGGGAGAGCAACACCCGACACCUCAGAGUCCCCGAGACAGUUCCAAGUGCCUCCCCCCUCGCUGUGUCCUUAACUGUGAACCAUGAACAGAACAACACCAUUCACCUCAGCUGGGAGCCCCCUCCUCAUGAAACACACAAUGGCAUCAUACAGGGUUACCAGGUGUGGUGUGUGGAGUCUGGGGAACAUCACUACCUGAACUGGACAGUGGACAGCAGCCAUCACAAGUUGGAGAUUUCAGCUCUUAAACCAGGGAAACGAUAUUGGGUCACAAUCGCAGCCGUCAACGGAGCUGGAGUUGGAAUGCUUAGUGACCCUCAUGGAUUUGUCAUCAACCCACAGAUGAUUAGUUCUUCAGACGCCGACACCCAAAAACGAGACGUCUCCCAGGUCUUGGCCCUGCUUCAGGACCCAGUGUUGAUUGGCACCAUUGGCGCCCUCGUGUGGUUCAUUUUGAUGGUUGCAGCUUUCUACCUCUACAGACGACACAGCAGAACAGGCCACCUCAUACCAGGACACGGCAAAGGCUUACGCAGACUAGCCAGUGAAGAUCUCAUCAUAAAACACAGGAUGGCAGCACCAGACUCACCCUGGAUCUCAGGAGGCUGGAGACAAGGCCACUUCAAUGAGAAGUAUCAGGACUUAUGGGCCCAAGGUCAGAAAUAUCCAGGACUCAGAAGCAGCAGCCUCCCUGUCUCAGCUAAGAAGGACCCCACCUGCAUGGACUCCGCAGUGCCCAUUGUGACAGACAGCUGCGGCGUUUAUGGCACUUUUUACGUGGACCUGGUGGGAAAUGGACUCAAGACCUUCAACAGUCCACGGCGCUGUCCCAAAAUGCCUCAUCAUCUACCCCAUCAACACGGGACUGAAACCAUCCAGAUAUUCACUCAGCCUGUCGCCAAGUCCUCGCCCAUAUGCAGCCCAGACCCACUACCAUGGAAACAGGCCAUACGCCCUCAGCCGAGAAUGGGUGUGCUUAGGGAAUCAUGUAAAAGGAACCACAGUAAGCAGGAGUUGCAUGCGGUGAAUAGUGUGCCUAUAGUGUCAACCAGGAAUGAAACCUGCCCCUCUGAUGCCUACAAACAGAGACUCAGCCACAUUCCAUCAGCUCGAAAUGGUGGAAAUCCAGAAUUUGGAAAAGCUGCUGCCUGUCCCCGUCUCCUGCAUUACUCUGCAUCACUGCAUCUAGUGGACAUGCUUCCACCACCACCACCGAUGCCCCCAGACGACAUGACAGACACACAAAGCCUCACCUCUGAUGAAGGUUCCAGUCGUUCCACAAAACUAACAGUGGAUAUGGGUUCACUCCAGUCAGUGUGUGCUCCGUCAGGUCAGCAUGGACGACCAGCACUCACCACUAACAACAACAGCUGCCCCUCCUACAGCCGCCAGUCAACUGCAUCCUACGCCCUGUCACUGGACGGGACUCAGGGUGCCACUCUGACGUCACAGGAAGCCACCCAGUACCUGGAGCUCAGCCCGAAACCUGAGAGAUGCAGUGUUCUGCCAGAGCAGCGCCCCUCCCUGUCCCACCCAUUCUCCCACAGCCUGGGCCACUUCAGCAGGACGCUCACUUCCUCCCAGACCGAGGACGACUCCGACACCGAGGCUGCUCCAGUUGGCGUUCGACGGGCUCGCCUUCAGAGCACACCGUCCUCCUGCUACAGCGAGUGGGACAGCUCGCUGUGGAACACCUGGAGCUCUGUGAUGGACGGUAACAUGGCCAGCGCCCGCACCAGCCUCAUCAGCUCAGUGGACAGCUGCUACACGACCGACAGUGCCAACUUCGCACGCCUUCUGGCUGUGGCGGCAGAGACCAUGAGUGGAGCCUCUUUAUCAGACUUCUCUCCACCGGCGUCCCCCAUGAGCACUCUUUACCCGUCGUUCCACGGGGAAGGCGACUCUUUCGGGGAGCUGGAGCCACUUCCUGCGUGGGAUUGGAGGAUGGCCUGGGUGGAGGAAAUGGAGGCUCAGUACAGAAACCACCAUCCGGGCGCAAAUGCUAAACCCUUUAACACUUAAGGACAACAACAAAUAACACCUCGCAGGCCUGCAAUACGAAGAAAAGGGCAACAGCUGAAACUAUAUGAGCAUGUGAAUAAUUCAGAGUUUAACAUGUAGUGAUUUCCCCGUCACAAAUAGAUAAAUAUAUCAGUUUGAGAUAUAAUUAGAGUCGACCGCGUCAUGUUUGGGACACCUCUGCUAGCAGAUGCACGCCUGCAGUCGCCUGUAAUCGUUUUCCCAGCGUACCUCAGGGCAGUCCAGCUACUAUUUGCAUCCUUCAAAUGACUUCCACUGAGUUUUUAAAGUUUUUUCCCCUCUUCUCAGCUUCCUCUCCUCUCAUUAGAGAAGAGGAUAAUGAGAUUCUUCCCUUGGGAUGUUCUCACCCAGUGUGUUUUGAAAAGGCCAGAAAGACAGAGACAGGAUGCAAGACAGUAAGAAAGCAGUCAUUAGGCGAGAGAGAUGCAGGACUGGAGAUUUUUUUUUCUCCUUUUACUGCACACGGUUGUGUCUUAUUUUCAUUUGUUUGUUGCAGGAUUUUAUCGAGACUCGAGUCCUACCAAACGGAGCGUAGCAUCGCAUUUUAUCCAGACUGUUUUACUGAUCAUUUGCUUAUAAUGAAGUGUAAAUAUGCAACAUAUUCUACAUAUUCUACAAAUGUUAUUUAAAGAUUUUGACACAUUCCAAGUCAUUUUCUGCUUUUGUGUUUCUGCUGAUUAAUUAUACAGUUUUUAGUUUUUAUAUUAUAAGUUGUUGGGUUUUUUUUGUCUCCAUAGAUACUUUUUUUAACAUUACUAGAUACAACUUGCUGUAGUUUAGAAGUUUUAUUAAAGUAUAUUGUUUUUGACAUUUGAUAGAGCCAAUGAAAGUUUUACCUUGAAAUAACUGUAGGUAGAACUCAACAAAACUAUUACAAUUUAAGUGGUGCAUGCAUAGCCUAGUGUUUGCAACCCCAAUUUUAAUAAAUUCACUAAUCGUGGAGCAGUAGGAGAUCUACAAUGUAGGAAUGUGCUUUUUUUGUACUCCUUACAAAUGUCCUUUUGAUGUUUUUAAUAAAAAACUUUUUUAUUGACUGAA